AUGGUAGAUCAAGAGGAAACUGAAGAACUCAAGCUUCUUGCUGAAUGGAAGAGAAAGAAAGGUGGAUUCAGAGCUACCAUGUUUAUUUUUGUUUUGUCAGCAUUGGAUAAUAUGGGUUUUGUUGCAAACAUGGUUAGUUUGGUUAUGUAUUUCUAUGGAGUGAUGCAUUUUGAUCUAUCAAGUUCUGCAAAUACUCUUACAAACUUCAUGGGUUCAACUUUCUUGCUUUCUCUUGUUGGUGGAUUCAUAUCAGAUACUUAUUUGAAUAGGUUCACCACCUGUUUGAUAUUUGGCUCCUUAGAAGUUCUGGCUUUGGCAAUGGUUACUUUUCAAGCUGCUUCAGGUCAUUUACAUCCAAAUGCAUGUGGGAAAUCGAGCUGUGUGAAAGGUGGGAUUGGGGUUAUGUUUUAUGCGUCGUUGAGUUUGUAUGCACUGGGUAUUGGUGGAGUGAGAGGGUCUAUGACUGCUUUUGGUGCUGACCAGUUUGAAGAAAAGGAUCCUAAUGAAGCAAAAGCACUUGCGAGUUACUUCAAUUGGCUUUUGCUUAGUUCAACUGUUGGAGCAAUUUCUGGUGUUACUGGUGUUGUUUGGGUUAGUACACAAAAAGCUUUGGCAUUGGGGGUUUUUCAUAAUAACCAUAGCUUCUUCUAUUGGUUUUGUCACAUUUGCUCUUGGUAA